UUCUUCAAAAUUCUUUCUAGUGCCAGUCCCUUUUUAAAUUUGUCCAAAAGCCAGGUUACAAGGCUUGUACAAAAUGGCGGAUGCAAGUGAAAAGGCUAGUAAAGCUUCCAAGAAAAACCAAAAGAGGUCGCAAAAAAGAACUGAAGCGAGGAUAGAAAAAAUCAAACAAGAAGGUGUUGUUGAGCAAAUCUUUGAAGAGAAAGAUCCUAUCAAGGUCCUGAAGAAAAAACUCCAAGAAGCAAAAGAUAACAAGGAUCACAAACUAGCUGCAGAACUGAGGCAACAAUUAUGGGUUGCACAGGAUGAAGCUGCAGGUUUACUUGUGCCAGAUUCAGAAAAGCAAAAGGUCCAGCUACACAACCACAUAACAAAACUGCCCAGUGGUUCUGAGACAAACUCGCGUCUGACAAUGUUUCAAGGCACUCAAGAUAUAUUAAAUCAGUCUGGACCGGAGACGGGUGGCUUAUCGCCAUCAGAAAAACGGUUAAGAAAUCUAAAGAAAAAGCUUCAACAGAUACAUACUUUAAAAGAGAAACAAUUGAAGGGAGAGAAGCUAGAGAAUACACAGAUUGAAAAAGUUAAAGCAGAAGACUCGAUCUUAGAAGAAAUCAAGGAGUUAGAAUCAAUCUUGACAGGCACGUCAUUAUAGCGUCUUCUCUUUUCGCCAUGGAAAACAUACUCAUUUCAUUUUCAUUCACAAUCACAGACAGUUCGUAUUGUACAUGUAUAUGCACUCAAUUGCAAAAUCAUUGUCAGAUUCAAAAAACAAAGAAGAUAGAAACUGAGAUCCAAAUGGUACAUGGGAAGUACGCUAGAUAUCUAGUGAUACAACUCGUGCAAGGUGGAGGCUUUCCACACAUGUUAAAUAUCGACUGCGUAUCUCAAAUGAAUAUCAGAUGACAAAUAUGAUAUUUACCAGAAUAUACCUUUCGAUCUCAGAUUGUAUGUUAUAUGUUUUGAAUAACAAUUACAAUGACAGUGGUUUUGCAAUUGAGUGUAAAAAGGAAGCGAUUGUAAUAUGCGUACGAUCUUUUAUAGAUACUUUAUAGCUUUGAUAACAAUGAACACUAUCGUGGUAGAUCAUCGUAGUAAUUAGAACUAGUGCACUGUAUAUGAAUAUUUAACUURUGCUAAUAAAUAAACGAAUAUUGUACACGUGAAACUUUCUGUCACCCGCCUGAACUAACGAGAAUAAACGAACAAGGACGCUUUAGACGAUAAAA